UAAUGUUGUCGGAACUAUUUUCCCCUCUUUUAUUUCUCUCUCUACUCAAAACAGUCUCACUACCCAGAAAUUUUUAAGAGAGAGAAAGCAGGAACUUCUUUCAAUGGUGUCGAGGAAGAAAUCAGAUUGGCCUCCUGCUGGUUGGACGAUCGAAUUUAAGAUCAAAAAUGGCCGUAAAACUAAGUAAAGGAAGGGAAAAGAAAGGAAGAGAAAGGAAAAGAAGAGAAAAGAAGAGAAAAGAAGAGAAAAGAAGAGACAAGAAGUACUACAUCAAUACAAAAACUCAUCAAAAAUUCUAUUCAAAACCUGCUGUGCUUCGGUUCAUCAAAGAUGGAUGCGUCAGCAAUAAAAAGUUUCAACCAGUUAUUGAGCAUGCUAAGAAGAAGAGUUCUGAGAAGAUACAACAUCUUGUGGAAGCAAACAAUUCUGAGUGGUUACCCAGUGGUUGGGUCAUGGAAACGAGAUUCCGGAAGAGUGGUGCCAGAGUGGGAACCGAGUAUAAGUGCUUUAUUGAUCCAUCAACUGGAACUAAACUCUUCUCAAAGCCUGAGGUAUUACGAUAUCUUGGAAGUGAAAAGACAAAGCAGCACAAUGCUGAAUCAUCUAGACAGAAGGACAGAGGAGGUAGUGAGCACUCUUCCAGCAAGAAGGUGGUUGACCGACUAAGUGCUCAAAAGUCCAACUUGGAGCCAAAGGUGUCACAGAUUUCAAAAUCACGCGUCAGAAAGAGUAUUUCUUCAGAAAAACCGAAGGUUGUAACUGAGAGGACCGUGGAUGAAGAGUUGCCUUCUGGAUGGAUUAAGGAGACGAGAAUCAAAAUGCUUGAUAAUAAAGUAGUCAGGAGAAAUUCUUUCUAUUCUGAUCCUGCCAGUAGGCUGGUCUUCUGCUCCAAAUUGGAAGUUCUACGCUAUGUGGAGACUGGAGAGGUCAGUAGACAUGCAUUUCGGAGGAGAAAUGGAAGCGUAGUUGGAGAAGGUUUUGCAAUUGGAAAGACCGCUAAAUCUUCAAGCUCACGGGAAAAGACGCCGAAGAGCUGGACCAAAGAACAGCUCUUUAUUGGUGAAGCAAAUAGCGGACAGAAUAUCCAAGCACUGCCUGAAGCUGGAGGCAGUGAACAAGCUGAAGGCAAGAGAAGUACAAGGUCGUCCUGUAGAGUCCCAGCUCUUACUGGUGCACAAGCUGAAGGCAAGAAAAGUCAAAGGUCGUCCCGUGGAAUCCCAGCUCUUACUGGUGCUUCAACUCCUAAGCAGGGUACCUUGUCACCCAAAUCAGCCAGCAAUUCCCAAGAGAUGGUAGUGGCAAAAAAUUUCCUGGAAAAGGUUUCUGGAACUAAAGAUACUCUAGGUAUGACCAAACAGAGAUCAGCUGUCCAAAAUGCUGAUGUAAAAGUCACAAUCCCCAGAAAGAGUGAACCUUCCUCUUCCUCUUCAAAGGGAAUAUUUCCCGAGGAGAACCCAGUAGUUGUCACCAUCCAAGACUGCAGUGCUGAAUAUAGCAAAAGAAAAUUGAAGAACUCGAGAUUGGCUUGUGUGCCUUCCCGAUCCUCCAAACGACUUGCUUGUAUGUCCAAACAGAUUUCAGCAGUUCAAAAUGCUGAUAUAAAAUUCGCAACGCUCAAAAAGAGUGAACCUUCCUCUUCCACUUCAAGGGGAAUAUUUCCAGAGGAGAACCCAGUAGCUGUUGCCAUUCAAGACUGCAGUAAUGGGAAAGCUCAGUCUAGCAAAAGGAAAUUGGACAGUAAAUUGGCGUGUGGACCUUCCCGAUCCUCCAAACGACUUGCUGGUGUUGAUGUUGAAGUAGUAUACUACCCAGUACCCGUUGAGCAUGCUCUUCGGGCCAUGAAUAGAAUGUCCUCCCAAACUAAUCCCAUUUCUAGUUUGAAAUCAGUCCCAAUUGAAUUCCAAGAUAAGAACAAGGAUGAUGAUACACAAGAUUGGAAUGAUCAUGAUCUACGUGCCGCAAGCAGAAACUCGUGCAGAACUCAACCCAUCCCUAAUUUGAAAUCAGUCCCAAAAGAAAUACAAGAUAAGUGUCAGGAUGUUGUUGAUACACAAGAUGUGAUUGCAUUUCAUGAAGAAAAGCAUCGUACACUUGAAGUGGAUGCAGAAAUUGUGCUCACAACGGAAGGAGAGCCAUCAAGCAAGAUUUACGACUUAAUAUGUCAAGAAGAAAAGCAGAGCACGCUUGAUGAUAAUACAGAAAUCGUUCUCACAACUGUAGAAGAAUCAUCAAACAAGAUUGAUGACGUGACAUUUCAAGAAGGAAGACAUCACACACUUGAUGUUGAUAACAAAAUUAUGCUUGCAACUCAUGGACCAAACAUUAUUGAUGACUUAGAAUUUCAUAAAGAAAAGCACUGUGCACUUGAUGUUGAUACUGAAAGUGUGCUUGCAACUCAUGGAGAACCGUCGAACAAGAUUGAUGACUUAUCAUUCCAAGAAGAAAAGCAUCUCACACUUGAUUUUGAUCCAGAAAUUGUACUUGCAACUCAUGGAGAACUAUCAACCAAGAUUGAUGAUGGCUUAACAAUUAGAAGUCCCCUUCUGGUUGAUCUCAAUGAUCUACAACUGGAGCAGGCUCCUCCUGGGUUUUUCGAAACUUCAACAGUUGAAGCGUCUCCAAUUACGACAAAGCAACCACCGGAACAUUUAACGGAUACUCUGCUGAAGGGCAAGGUUGCGAACACCUCCAUGAGACGACAAAUCCUAGAAAAACAAGUGGCCGGCAUUGAGAGGGAACCAUCAACCAAGAUUGAUGAUGACUCGACAACAAAAAGUUUCCUUCUGGCUGAUCUCAAUGAUCUACAAUUGGAGCAGGCUCCUCCUGGGUUUUUUGAAACUUCUCCAAUUACGACAAAGCAAUCACCGGAGUAUUCAACAGAUACUAUGCUGAGGGGCAAGGUUGUGAACACCUCCGUGGGACGACCAAUCCUAGAAAAACAAGUGGCCAGCAUUGAGAAGAAAACUGAGGAGCCCCAGUCUGAAUUCUGCUUCUCAUCACCCUUGUGGUCAGAUCCAUGCCUUGAAUUUGCAUUUAAAACGCUUACAGGUGCAAUACCAUUCGAUGAUAAUUUGGCUAUUCAAGAUUAUAUCCAACAUCAACUUCGCACUUCUGAAGAGAGAAACGACGACCAGUACUGUCUUUCUGAUAUGCGCGCGCCGAGCUCCUUCAAGAAUGAUGAAGCAAAGAAGGUAUCACAGUCGCGCGAAGACGUCAACUUCCCUGAAAUCAAGGGAAAGAGAAAAUUAUAAUCUUAGUUGCUCUGUAAGUCUGUAGGCAUCUGUUGUAAUUUUAUGUAGUACUAGUAAAUAGCUAUAGUGUAUCUUACUCAAAGGAACUAGGUUAGUUUCUAACCAUUUGUAAUAUGUAUAACCUUCCUUUAGUUGCAUAUGGUAAAUCUGAAGAUGAAGGGUGCUCCUUUUCGUUAAACCAGGAUUCUGGUAUCUGAUGGAAUGAUUACUUCCUAAUUAGGAAUUUUUUCAGUGUAUGGCUUUGUAUGUUUUCUUUCA